CGACAUUACUCAACAAGAGGGCCCUUUGAAUAGGAUAUAUCAUCAGCCCCAUACGAUAUCCAUACUCACAUGUAAAUUCCGCCACUUCUUUUGCGAAGAUGUCCGUUGUUGUGGAUUUUGGGUUCGGCAUCCAACGUCGCUCCAGCGAACAAUCACCAGACUCGGACCCAGCGCCAGAGCCGAGGAAAGAACCAAAUCCGAACAGACAAAAGUCACGGAUUUCACGUGGCUGUGAUGAGUGUAAAGUGUACAGAUGGUCUCUCGCCUGAAUACGACCUUUCUGAUUCGCUCAAUAGCAAGCACACGAAGUGCAAUGGCAAGCUUCCAUGUGAGAAAUGUGUCAAGUACUCGAGAGUGUGCAAGUACGAGGCACCGUACACUCGUGGCAAGAAACCGCCAAUUAUCGCAGCUGGUUCUGCCCAAGAUAUGUCCAAUGGCCGACGGAGAAGUAAUGAGUUGGAUACCGAACGUGCAACUCCUGGGCCCAACUUGUCCCCCAGCCGAGAGCCAGUGCCGAGGGUCCAAGGGCAGUUCUGGGAGCAGCCGCUGCAUCUCUACAAUGUGAAUGGUCAAGAAUCUAACGACGAUAUCGAUACCAGGCCACAGAAAUUCUUAAGAAUGACUGUAGAGGACGAUGCUGCUCCACGUCACAGACCGCACUUCCAACGGGAGGGGCAGUCGAAUGGAGCUAGUAUUUUCCAGAGAACUCAGAAUAACUUGAACCAUCGAUCCGCAUAUCAUCAAAAUUCAAUCUUCAGCUUCGGGGACCCUCCUUUGCCUGAUAUGGAUACAUCAUUCUUUGCUCUUCCGACCUACAGGCUUGCUCAGACUAUGAUUACCCAGUACUUCAAGUUUGGCGCUGCACUUCAUAGAUUCCUCCACCAAAAGACUGUCGAGGAAUGGAUGGAGUCGCUUGUUUCUGCCCCUAGGUCGAUGAGCCAUGGGACAUUUGAACACAGCAAGAACGCUGUGGUACUGAUGGUUUUUGCUUUGGCUUAUGAAAGCUCCUUGAAAAAUUCAGACGAGAUGGAUGAGGACAUGAGCUUCCACUACUUUCAGGCUGCAGACGCACAAUUGAAGAAAGAAACUGGAGAAAUUCAACUCCCCACUAUUCAAGCACGACUCCUGCAGUGCAUCUACCUCUCCUCUCGUUCUCGAGUCCAUCAAUGCUGGAGUACAUUCACCGCCACUGUUGGGUUGAUCUUUUCCAAAGGUCUCCACAGACAAGACAGAUGUUCUGAGAAUGACGACAUGAUUGAAGUGGAAUGCCAGAAGAGAGCCUUUUGGUUUGCGUACACGAUGGACAAGCAUCUUAGCUCUUCGCUUGGUCGUCCAAGUUUGAUCAAGGAUGAAGAUAUCGAUCAAGAUCUCCCACGUAUAGUUGAAGACGAGGAUCUCUCCUCCACUAGUCUCAUGACUAUGAGCGACGGAGUUCAAAGCUCGAUGAAAGCCACUGUGUUUUCCAUCAAACUGGCGCAAAUCCUCAGCGAAGUACUUCGAAGGCUUUACAGUAUCCGCAAGUCUUCCAUCGAAGUCCAACUCCAAUCAGCAAAAAGUUUGAAAAGUCGACUCAAAGAAUGGCGUGCAGAUGUCAAUAGCUUUUUUGAGCUCGAUCCCGCUACUCUUAGUCCUCUGUUUGCUGCGCAAUACACAGGUCUUCAAAUGGCCUAUGCCCACGCUCGAAUCCUACUUCAUCGACCAUUUCUGUUGCAAGAUAUGAGUUGUGAUGCAUUCAGAUCUUCAACCGGAUAUAAACUUCGCCAAGAAUGCGAAGACAACACUGCCGAGUGUGUCAAGGCCGCCAUGGAUAUCGUAAAGCUGAUUGACAGUUUGUAUCAGCGAGAUAAGAACUUCGCGGCUUCCUGGUUCGCGCACUACUGCGGCUACUGCGCUGUUGUCGUCCUCUACGUCCGCGUCAUCAAACUCCAGUCUGAACCUGCAUACACCUGGAUAUCAUACUUCGAAGCCGGCGGAGCAUGCCAAUCCCAGAUCAAAGUCGCCGCCGAAAAGGAAAGUUUUGCAAAUCGCUGCAGUGAAGUCCUGCAAGAGCUUCGGUUUGAAGCUCAAGGCCACAUGCAGAAAACUGGGAAUCGUCCGGAGACUCGUCAGGGAAGUGUCGAUACGGAUGGAAGUGGACUGCCGCAGCAGGAUCAGGGUACUGCGUCACACUUUGGUGGGAAGUGGGAUGACAUGAAUUUCGACCAAUCAGCUCCUGGAGGAGGAAUCUUGAAUUCGUUGUUCAAUACCGUCGAGGGGAUCAAUGUUCGAAAUGCUUCUGGAUCUCUGGUAGAUCGAAUCGAUCGUUGGGGAUUUUCGAGUUUGACGGGGUACUGAUCCAGUCUGGCUGGCAUCUUACUGUUAAAUCGAUUAACAAAUUCGAAUCCCUGCCUAGAGCUCGCAGUCUCACACAGGCAAGCCGACUAUUAUGGGCGACUCUCCAUGUCUCUGUGGUACAAAGAGCAUAACGUCCCUUGAAUUGAACUGAUCCAGCACGGUUUACAAAGACGUACAGCGGCUUUGUAACAUGAACAGUGCCCGAGAAGACGACUUUCGGCGCUCUUUUGAGCAACCGAGUGACACCGCUUGGAAUUGUCGGACUUCGCUCACGCUCGGGUUUAGUCUGAGCUUCCGGGUUGGUCGUACUCGGUACCAGCAAAAGCCCUGGUCGGUAGGCUCUGCUAGCCCCAUGAGCAGUUUUUUUUUGAAAAUAAUGCAUGGACUUUGCAAAAUCCUAUUUGUCUACCAAUUUCUGCAUUUCUCUGAAUCUCAAAUCACCACUAAGCAAGAAUGGCACCCCAAAAGAUUAUGGCCGAUCUGCUCGCUCCGAUGAGCAAUCUUACUACGUCAAUCACAGCAACUUUACAAUUGUCUAAGAACACGCACGAUGAACUAUGGAAUAUUGUAAGAAGGCAGGCCAUAAACUACCACGCAACCAUGUUUAUUCUACUGGUCAUUAACAGCAUCGUCAUGUUCAUUUACUUCAUCCGCGAGACCUGCAGACAACGAAAUGUGGCUUCCACCUAUGAUGUUCUUGGGCGGAUCAUGGAGCAGCCGAAAGGCGAAGCGAGAAAUGAAAUGCUGCUCGAAGCAUGCGCAGACGUUUGUGAAGCAAAACAGUUACUCAUCCGGCGGUGCAGAAGGUAGAAUUGUUCUGGAAUGAGGAGGUUUACCAAUAUUUCCAGACAAGAAGAUAUCUCGCGUUUACUAAGGAGAAGAAGUUGUUGGCUGAAGAGCUCUGUGAGGAUUAAGUUGGCUUUCAGCGAGCAAUUCUUUGAUCCAUGGGAUAACCUUCCUCUGCAACUCGCGUCCCUGAUCAUCGACGCUCGUAGCUGAGCUGACGUCGAUAUAAGUGAUCCGAGUGACGUACAUGGUGCUUUUCGCCUCCGUCGGACGCAAGUGUUCUUGCGAUUCUGAAGCUUCGAGGCGUCCAAGUGACACGGUCGAAUUCUCAUCAAACUCAAUUACAUUGGUGGACUCCAUAUCAGAUCUGUGCAUGCCGUGUGUUGAACGUGGGUGGUUGGGGUCGGAAACUUUCUCGUUAGCCUUGAGACUGAUACCAAGCAAUCUCUUUAGUCUGAAGGCCAGCCCUGUUUGCUUAAUGACUGCGAGUAUGCAUGGCACGCAGAAGAUGAAGAAGCAGCAUGUCAUCUCGGCACAGGCGCAAAAGAGGAGUGCGCCGAUGAAGUACAUCUGAUCGGGCUCUUUUGCGAAAGUGAUGGUUGUCGAUAGACGGAGAGAUGCCGAGAUCGAUGCCCUGCUGAUUUCAGUUGAUUGUUUUGUGAGAUACAUGAGCAAUAGAUCUUACAUUAUUCCAACCCCGAAGAGAACCGAUAUGCCAAUUUUCUUCUGUCGAUUCAUUUGCAACCUCCAAAUCACUCUAUGAGGCAGUAACACCAUACACCAGUCCGAGAAAACUUGCACACAGGCCGAUGUAAGCAUAACCUUGUGGAGGCUGUAGCAUUUACUGGGGAGGUAGAACUUCCAAAUAACAGCAUGCGGAACGCAUUGCAUGUUCAAUAGGAUGAUACAAGCAAGUCCCCAAGAAACCUGAACGAAUAUGAUGAACAUGCAGCCCCACCAGAAUGAGUUCCUUGUGCGAUUGGAAGGGACGAAUAUUCGGCACCAGUCGAGUAAGAUGGCCGCUUUCAAGAGAGGGAGAACGACAGAGUAUGCGCAUCCGUAGACGAGAAUGAGGUACAAUGGUUGGACGAGAUCGCCAGAAUGGAGGUUCCAUUGGUGGGCAUAGUAUCCAGGUGUAAAUAUCAACGAGUAUCCGGCAAAAGCUGUUCCCCAGUAGGCACCCUGUAUGUUCCGCGUCAGUUAUACAACAUUGAAUUUGGCGAAGCGGUUCCUCACAUAUGCCAAAACCAUCAGGACUUCCUCGAUUUCAAUUUUUCUCGUCAACCAUAUCUUUGCAUAUCCACGAAGAAGGACGCAAAGCGUUGCUACCACCAUGCAAGUGGUGGUCACGAACCAAGCCAGGGCAUUCUUGUUUGGAGGCUCAUUGAAAUUGGGAGUCACUCCCGGAGGUGGCGCCAGAGCAGGUGUUGACAAGAUUGCUGCCACUUCACCGGCAGAGAGUGACAUAAUUUGAAGUCUUAUAACCUAAUCACCUCUCAGGUAUCUCCAUAGGCGUGAAGAAAAACAAGACGAGUGACUCCCUACCAUCAAUCAGGAAAGCAGAGAUCGAGGUUCAAAAACUGAGAAAAGGAGAAGAUAAAACCUUCCGUGGUACGUGCUCCAUGUCUGUUUCAUUGUUGGUACUUGUAAAUGAUCGAACCCGAGGAAUUGGAUGCCGAAUCGGAAGC